GUGAGCUGCUGAACGUGAACAUCUUAAGAGCGCCCUGACGGGCAGUUAAAGGCUCGCCUCGAUACGAUGGGUUGCGGCUCUUCUAUGCACGCGAAUCCGGGGUCCGCCCCUAUUGCCCAGGGCGCGCCGGGAGCAAUCACAAAAUCGGGAAGCGGCAAAAGCGGAAAUGCCACCCCUGAAAAUGGGCACACCCCGCGUGACAAGGAAGCGCCUGAGAAGCCCGCAGCAACAAAGCAGGAGGCGGUGCAGCCCACGUCGCCAUCGAAGUCACAGUCACAAAGCUUGGCGUUCGACGAUAGAUCGGUCAGGAAACCGAAAACCCAGGCGUCCCUAGCCAAGACGUCCUCCAUGCACCCCGCGGCGAUGUCUGUGGAGGAGCAGACCAUCACAGCUGUCAAGGCGAAACUUCAGCGCGAGUGGGCCCCGGAGUAUGAGCCGGAGGAGAUUCGGCCGCCGCAGGAUACGCCCGACGUGCACUCGGAGCGUGCCACGAACGUGACGCUCUCUAUGAUCCUGAAGGACCAGGAGGAGUUGGCGCGUAAGACCAAAAUCAUUUGCACGGCCGGGCCGGCCUGCUGGAGCGAGGAGGGCCUGGGCAAGCUGCUGGACGCGGGGUGCAAUGUGCUCCGCUUCAACUUUAGCCACGGCGACCACGAUGGGCACUACUCAGUGCUGGAGCGGUUCCGGAAGGUGUGCACCGCAAAGGGCAGCUACGCGGCCUGCCUGCUGGACACCAAGGGCCCGGAGAUCCGCACUGCCAUGCUGAAGGACGGCAAGGACAUUGAGCUGGAGGCUGGCCAGAGCAUUGUGGUGGAGGCGGUUGGGGCGGAGUACACCAAGUGGGAGGGCUACAAGGACGCCGCCAAUGGCGAGACUCACAUCGGCCUGUCGUACGACAAGCUGUGCAGCAGCGUGAAACCGGGAAGCAAGAUUCUGCUGGCGGACGGGAGCAUCAGCAUUCGGGUGGACGAGAUCACUUCCGCGCGCACCCUGCGUGGCACGGUGAUGAACAGCAAGAAGCUGGGCCAACGCAAAAACUGCAACCUGCCAGGCGUGAAGGUCGAUAUCCCGGUCCUGACCGAGAAGGACAUUGACGACCUGCAGCAGUUUGCGGCGAAGCACAAGAUGGACUUCGUGGCGGCCUCGUUCGUGCAGAGCGCGGCGGACGUGCAGUUCAUCCGCCGCACCCUGGAUGCGGCCCCAGGCGGGGAGCACGUGAAGAUCAUCUCCAAGAUUGAGAACCUGGAGGGCCUCAAGAACUACGACGAGAUUUUGCGGGAGAGUGACGGCAUCAUGGUGGCCCGCGGCGACCUGGGCAUGGAGAUUCCGUCCGAGAAGGUGCCAGUGGCACAGAAGAUGAUGAUCACCAAGGCCAACAUCGCCGGCAAGUUUGUCAUCUGCGCGACCCAGAUGCUGGAGUCCAUGAUCAGCAACCCCCGGCCCACGCGUGCGGAGAUGACGGAUGUGGCGAACGCCGUGUACGACGGCGUGGAUUGCGUCAUGCUUUCAGGCGAGUCGGCGAACGGCGACUUCCCGGACAUCGCGGUGUCUACCAUGGCCGCCAUCGUGGCCAACGCGGAGGUGGGAGUGGACUACUACUCGCAGUACAGCUUCAUCCGGUACUGGGCCACCAAGGGCAAUGAGAUUGCCAUGACGCCUGACGAGUGCAUGAUGUCGUCUGUCGCGUCCAUGGCGGUGGGCUUUACAGAGGACACCACGCCCGAGGCGUUCCGCCGCGUGGCGCGCAACAACACGUUGACCAUCAUCGUGGUGCUCACGGCGGACGGCCGCGCUGCCAAUCUGGUGUCCAAGUACCGCCCGCCGUGCCUGGUGGUGGUGGCCUCCACCAACGAGCAGGUGCUGCGCCAGGCGGCGGUCAGCUUCGGCCAGGUUCCGCUGGCCCUGGCGUCGCUGGAGCUGGACUCCCAGGACCUGGCGGAGAAGGCGGUGGAGAAGGUGCGCAGCCUGGGCCUGGUGGCGCAACACACGCCCGACUGCCGCCUCAUCGUGGCGCGCGGCCGCAACAGCGGCAGCGCCGACGUGGAGCCGGUGGUGACAGUGGUGAAGACGGGUGGCUCGGGCCUGAAGCGCCGCGGCUGGAGCACCGGCAAUACGCUGUACACGCCGUCGGGCGUGCCCAUCCAGCGCCCUGGCGUGCGCUCGCUGCGCACCACGCUGACCAACCUGCCACUGAUCACGGCGCCCAUCAAAAACGGCCGCUGCACCAAGGUGAUUUGCACUAUGGGCCCAUCGUGCUGGAGCGAGGAGACCAUGGGCAAGCUGCUGGACGCGGGCAUGGACAUUAUCCGCCUCAACUUCAGCCAUGGCGACCACAAGGGCCACUUCGAGGUGCUGGAGCGCUUCCGCAAGGUGUGCAAGACGAAGCAGGAGGAGUUCAGCGCCAAGGGCGCGCCCUCAGCGCCGCACUGGGGCUGCCUGUUGGACACCAAGGGCCCGGAGAUCCGCACCGCCAUGCUGAAGGACGGCAAGGAUAUCGAGCUGGUGGCCGGCCAGACCAUCUUCAUCGAGGCCGUGGGCGCAGAUUACGUCAAGUGGGAGGGCUACAAGGACGAGGCCACCGGCGAGACGCGCAUCGGCCUGUCGUACGGCAAGCUGUGCAGCAGCGUGCAGCAGGGCAACAAGAUCCUGCUGGCGGACGGCAGCAUCAGCAUCGUGGUGGAGGAGGUCUGCAGCGCUAACCUGCUGCGCGGCACGGUGCUGAAUAGCAAGAAGCUGGGCCAGCGCAAGAACUGCAACCUGCCGGGCGUGAAGGUGGACAUCCCGGUCCUGACCGAGAAGGACAUUGACGACCUGCAGAACUUCUGCGCCAAGCACGAGAUGGACUACGUGGCGGCCUCUUUCGUGCAGAGCGCGGCCGAUGUGCAGUUCAUCCGCCGCGUGCUGGAUGAGGCCGGCGGCCACCGUGUCAAGAUCAUCUCCAAGAUUGAGAACGCGGAGGGCCUGGUCAACUAUGACGAGAUUUUGCGGGAGAGCGACGGCAUCAUGGUGGCCCGCGGCGACCUGGGCAUGGAGAUUCCUGCGGAGAAGGUGCCCCUGGCGCAGAAGAUGAUGAUCACCAAAGCCAACAUCGCCGGCAAGUUCAUCAUCACGGCUACGCAAAUGCUGGAGUCCAUGAUCAGCAACCCGCGCCCCACGCGCGCGGAGAUGACGGAUGUGGCGAACGCCGUGCUGGACGGCACCGAUUGCGUCAUGCUAUCAGGCGAGACCGCCAACGGCUCCUUCCCCGAGGCCGCCGUGUCCACCAUGGCCGCCAUCUGCCUCAACGCGGAGCAGAUGGUUGAGGUGAACAAGCGCUUCCGCUUCCUGCGCAACCACACGCCCAAGCCCAUGAGGGGCGCGGAGGCGGUGGCCAGUGGCGCCGUCAUGACGGCCAUCGACACGGACGCCAAGCUCAUGGUGUGCAUCACCACCUCGGGCCGCGGUGUGGCGCUGGUGUCCAAGUACCGCCCGCCCAUGCCGGUGGUGGUGGUCACGCCGGACGCGCAGCUGGUGCGGCACUGCAGGUCGGUGUUCGGCCAGGUGGGCGUGCUGGUGCCCGACAUCGAGUCGGUGGAGCUGAACAAGCUGGUGGAGCUGGCGGCGGCGGCGGCGCGCUCGUUCGGCCUGGCGGAUGUGACGGACGGCGACCAGAUCGUAGUGCUGCAGCGCCGCAAGGCCUCGCCGGAGACCAUGAUUUACGACGACCAGCGUCUGGUGGCCCGCGCCAUGGUGUACGGCAAGGCGCCCAUCAACGAGGUGGCACACACGCGCUACCCAGGCGACAAGGUGGUGUUUCACCGCUCCACCAAGGUGGGCCUGGACACCAUCCUGGACGAGGAGAAGUGGAAGUUCAUCGUGCGCAAGACGAAGAUCAUUUGCACGGCCGGGCCGGCCUGCUGGAGCGAGGAGGGACUGGGGAAGCUGCUGGACGCGGGGUGCAACAUCGUGCGCCUCAACUUUAGCCACGGCGACCACGAGGGCCACUUCUCCGUGCUGCAGCGGUGGCGCAAGGUAUGCGCGGAGAAGGACAGCCAUGCGGCCUGCCUGCUGGACACCAAGGGCCCGGAGAUCCGCACCGCCAUGCUGAAGGACGGCAAGGACAUUGAGCUGGUGGCGAACCAGAAGGUGACCAUCCACGCUGUGGGCGAUGAGUACGUGAAGUGGGAGGGCUACAAGGACGCCGCCACUGGUGAGACCCACAUCGGUCUGUCAUACGGCAAGCUGUGCAGCAGCGUCAAGGCCGGCAACCGCAUCCUGCUGGCAGACGGCAGCAUCAGCAUUGUCGUUGACGAGAUUGUGGACGGCACCACGUUGAUCGGCACUGUGCUCAACACCAAGAAGCUGGGCCAGCGCAAGAAUUGCAACCUGCCGGGCGUGAAGGUGGACAUCCCGGUGCUCACCAAGAAGGACAUUGACGACCUACAGAACUUCUGCGUCAAGCACAAGAUGGACUUUGUGGCGGCCUCUUUCGUGCAGAGCCAGCAGGACGUGCUGUACAUCCGCAGCAUCCUGGACGACGCGGGCGGCAAGGACGUGAAGAUCAUCUCCAAGAUUGAGAACGCGGAGGGUUUGAAGAACUUCGACGAGAUUCUGGAAGUGACGGACGGUGUGAUGGUGGCGCGCGGCGACCUGGGCAUGGAGAUUCCUGUGGAGAAGGUUCCCCUGGCCCAGAAGAUGCUCAUCACCAAGGCCAACAUCGCCGGCAAGUUCGUGAUCUGCGCAACCCAGAUGAUGGAGUCUAUGAUCACCAACCCCGUGCCCACACGCGCGGAGAUGACGGACGUGGCCAACGCCGUGUGGGAUGGCGUGGACGCGGUCAUGCUUUCAGGUGAGUCCGCCAACGGCGCCUACUUCGGCCAGGCGGUUGAGACCAUGGCGCGCAUCGCCCGCUCUGCCGAGAUCGGCGUCAACUUCUACCAGUCCUUUGACUACACCCACAAGUUCACGCCCAAGCCCGUCUCGGCCGUGGAGGCGAUGUGCUCAUCGCUGGCCAAAAACGCCGUGGACAUCCGGCCAGGCAUGAUUGUGGUGUUCUCGGAGGGCGGCAAGGUGGCGCGCCUGGUCGCAAAGUACCGGCCCUGCGCCCCCGUGCUGGUGGUCACCAGUAACGCCGGUCUUGCGCGCUACUGCUCCUCGCUGUUCGGCUGCUACCCGCGGCUGCUGCCGGAGCCCAUCAAGGACGUCGCCGCCAUGCCCAAGGCCGUGUCCGAGGCCAUGGCGUACGGCGUGGAGCGCGGCCUGUGCGUGGCGGGCAAGGAGGUAAUUGUGCUGGUGAGCAAUAUGGUUGCCAAGGGCGUGGGCGCUGACGCUUCGGAGGCGCUGCCGGAGCGCCAGAUCUUCGUGACCAUCGCCCCCGGCGCGCUCAACAUUGACGCGCUGGGCUCGCUGGCGUUCAGCACCUCGGCGCUGGACCCCAAGUUCGUGGCCAAGACCAUCUCGCUGCGCUCCACCACCAUUGACCUACCCAUGCUGGUGAGCAGCAGCAGCCCCGUGCGUAAGACCAAGCUGGGCUUCACGAUGGGCCCCUCCUGCAACAGCGAGGACGUGCUGCGGCAGCUGGUGCGCGGGGGAGCCAACAUCGCGCGCUUCAACUUCGCGCACGGCGAGAUGGCGGCGCACCAGGCCAUGCUAAACAAGCUGCGCACGGUGUGCGCGGCGGAGGGGCGCACCGUGGCCGUGAUGCUGGACCUGGACGGCAACGUGCUGCGCACCUCGGAUCUGAUCGACUACGACACCAAGCAGCCGAUCAAGAAGAUCGAGCUGCAGGCGGGCGACAAGGUGGAGCUGUACGGCACAGACGAUACCUCGCCCAACCACUUCGUGGGCUACAAGGUCGCCGACAAGGUCCGUAUCGGCGUGUCAUUAGCCGACCUGGCCGAGUGCGUUAAGCCAGGUGGCCUGAUACGCGUGCACGACGGCCUCAUCACGUUCGAGGUGGUCAGCGUGCGGCCUGGCGGCCCCGUGCAGGCGGUGGUGCUCAACCACGCCUUCUUGUACGCGCGCAAGCCGGUGCACCUGGUGGGCGUGACCAUCCACUCCUCCUUCCCCGCGCCCGCCGACCUGGAGGCGCUCAUGGCCUUCGCGCUGCCCAACGCCAUCGAGUUCGUGGCGGUGGGCGUCAACAGCCGCAACGACGUCAACGCCAUCCGCAGCUUCCUGGACGACAACGGCGGCGAAAGCAUUAAGCUGAUUGCCAAGAUUGAGAGCGAGGGCGGGCUCCGCAACCUGGACGAGAUCAUCGACGCCGCGGACGGAGUGAUCCUGGCGCGCGGCAAGCUGGGCAUGGUGGUGACGCCGGAGAAGGUGGCGCUGGCGCAGAGCGUAGUGGUCACCAAGGCCAACGUGGCAGGCAAGCCGGUCAUCAUCUCCCGCCAGAUGCUGGAGUCCAUGGUGUCCAACCCGCGCCCCACGCGCGCCGAGAUGACGGACGUGGCGAACGCUGUGCUGGACGGCGCAUCCUGCCUGAUGCUGUGCAGCGAGACGUCCAGCGGCGCCUUCCCCGCCGACUCGUUCACCACCGCCGUCAACAUCGUGCGCAACGCCGAGCACGCCACCAGCUACGCCUCCAUGCACUCCUUCAUCCGCGACUUUUCCGCCAAGCCCUUCAACACCAUCGAGGCGGCGGCGGUGGCCCUGGCGCAGGCGUGCAUGGACAGCAAGCUGGCGCUGUGCCUGGUGGUGAGCGACACGGGCGAGGCAGCCAACAUCGUGACCAAAUACCGCCCGCCCGUGCCCGUCAUGGUCGUGUCCAGCCAGCCGCCCGUGGUGGCACAGCGCGAGCUGUGCUUUGGACAGUUCGGCUACCUGGCGUCGGACGGCAUUGUGAGCGCACCCGCCGGCGACGUGCGCGACCUGGCCGCCGACGUGGUGGCGGACGCGCGGGCGCGCGGGCUGUGCGGCCCCGAGCCACAGCGUGUGGCCGUCAUGACGGGCAGCAGCGCCAUGGACGUCGUCCACAAUGCUAUUGUGCAGAUUGUGGAGGUAUGAGCGGGCAGUCAGGCGGCGCGACAUGCACCACGGGCACGAGAGGAAGGAACGAAGACGACAGAGGACACGGCAGAGCAGUGAGGAGCAGCGGCAGGCAAUGCAGCAGCGUGAGGCUGCGGAACGUGGAUGCGGUGCAAGCGGUGAGCAGCAAGCAUGUGGGUGUGUACAGCAACGGGCUGCACACCGUGUACAGCAAGGGUGCAAGUAUUUAACAAGGUUUGCUGGCGUUCACGGUACUGACGCAGACGUGAUUUCUCGUUUUAGGCGCUGCAGCGUGCGUAGGGUGCUGGUACGUGGAGGUCUGUGACCCGUGCGCAUGCCAUCGCUGCCACGCUUGGUGGGUGUGCAGGACGUGACUGGUGCCGUUGACUGUGAUAGACUCCUAACGCUCCCUUGUCUAGGCUCUCAGGCUAGAGCAUUCAGAUGGAGGCCCAAUGAUCAAGGACUCGCGUGAUUCGUAUCGCUCCUUCUGGUGCACGUAUCGGACUAGUACUCGUGAACUCGGCGUGAUCAUGCAUGUGCAUGAAGACCAACUAUCGUGAGUGGAUGAAGGCGCGCAUCGGGGCUGCAUAGGCAGUGACUAUUGACGAGACCGUGAUGACUACCGUAUACCUGCUGGAGCAGGGCAGCAUUGUCUAGUUUGGGAAGUCGAGGCGUUUGGACGCACUAUUUACUGGUGAACGUUAGUGAGAUUGACUGCUCGACAGACCCAUAAGUGAUGUGUGGAAGGGCAGGAUGUGCAAGCGAAUGAUGAUGUAAUGCUCAGUGAGGCGCUCAUGAGCCCAGGCCACCCAGCAUGUGUCUCAGGCACUCAUUUUAGCAGAGAAAUGAACCCGA